AUGAAAAUCAAAAGAGAAAUCAAACUGGCUACGAACUCUCAUCUUAUCAAAGAAGGGAAGCAACCUAAGCCUCUUCUUUAUCAACUACCUGAACCUGGAGAGCAGUUUAGUUAUGUCAUUGCCAAAAUUCAAGAUUCUGUCGAUCUUAAAGGUUGCAAAGUCUAUUCACGAAAAGGGGAUCGUAUGGAGUUUGCUCAUGUAGCCAGGCAACUAGAUAUGAAAGUAGAUAUUUCAUAUUACCUCAUAAACUAUAUUGUAGGACUGUGUGCUCGUUUUAUUAAUUAUGAUGAACAUUUUCAGCCUGCUGGGGCGAAAGAUUUAUCUGAAAAAUUUGUUGAUGAACAAUCGCAGAAGGCUGCAAAAAAGUUCUUGGAGCGCUUUAUCAAAGAUAUUAAUAAGAAAAAUAAUGAGUUACUCCAGGAUUCUAAUGUUAUUCAUACGCGAUUCAAUCAUGUAUGUAAUAUAGUUCGAAAGAUUCUAUCAUUUCAUAUAGGCAUUCCAGUAGCCGAAAUCAUUCAUAAUGCAUGUUUUAGGACUGAUAUAGAUGAAUCUUCCAUAAUUAACUCGGUUAGAUCUUAUAUAGAUAAAUUUCUACAGAAGCUAGCGGAUACUAUACUUAAAUCAGCUAAAAUUAAUACGAAGGGAUCUAUACAGAAAACGGUUGAUGAUAUACUUAACUUAGCUAGAAUUAAUAUGGAUAAAUCUCUACAGAAGAUGGUCGAUAAAAUUCUUGAUUCAGUUAAAACAGAUAUGAAUGAAUCUCAACAGAAGGCAAUUGUUAAUACUGCACUCAAACCGGCCAGAAUUAGUCUGGAUCAAUCUUUACAAAAGGCAGUAGCUGACCUACUAGAUUCAACUAAAAUAGAUAUAGAUACAUAUCUACAGAAGUUAGUUGAUGAUAUACUUAAAUCGGCUAGAGGUAGUCUGUAUAAAUCAUUACAAAAAUUGGCUGAAAACGUUCUUAAUUUAGCUAGAAAUAAUAAUGGCAUAUCCUUAAAUAAGGGACCUGUAUAUACCUCUUUACAGAAGGCAGUCAACGCUAUACUUAACUCAGCUAGUAAACAUAGCAAAAAAAUAUUUACUCAAAAUUUUCCUAAUAAUGUUUGGGGUAAAAAUAUAGCUAAGGAAUUGGGAAUUGGUGUUAUUGGAAGUGAUCAAAGUAAAGAUAUUUUAUAUAAUAUUUUAAAAAACUAUCCAUAUUCUCCGAUUCGUCCCACAGGCUGGCGUGUCACAUAUAUGCAAACAAUUCAGACUGAAUUUACCAAAAGACUAAGAACCAAUUUAUAUUAUCUUCUACCUGACCUUAUUAUGUAUUAUGAAGCGGCGAUAAUAGAAUUAUCAGCAAAUUGGCAACUAGAUGAAGAUUUUAUCAAUAUAUUUACAUUAGAAACGCCCGAAAAGAUAAUAUCAGCUUCUCGUUUGAUAUUUCCAAAAGAUGAGCUAGAUUCUAGAUUUGAUAGAAUACAGAAAAUCUGGCAGAGAGCUGAAGGAGUUUAUCUUGCUUGUCAUCAAAUAGAAAGUAGUUCGGUAUACUGGCGAGCUUGUGCAGAAGAUAAUGAGAUGAUAGGAAAUUAG